UUGCAGGCUCCUUUAAUCCCCUAUCAAAAGUACACUCGCUUCAUUGCCAACCUUGCGCUAAUCGACGUCCAUUCGGUUUUCUUUCCUACACUACCUAUACUCGCACACGAUGCCAGCACUUCAUCUUCCAUCCAACAGCCCCGGAUUAAGCCUUCCAGCAUCACCGCGACCAAUGCGACAAACGUUGCCUAGCCUAAAGACGGACUUGGUGGACAACGAGACAGCUUCCUCUCCCGCUCAAGAAAAGGGUUAUGCAGCGACAUCAAACAGCAACAGACCGCGAAGACAGGAUUCUCUCAUCUUUAUGAACGCUACUAUCCCACUCAGCCCAACUUCACCUCUCUCCGAAAACAACCAUGGACCAUAUGACGGACUUGUGCCUCGAAAGCGAAGCGGCCUAGCGAGGCUGUUCUGCUGCUUUGGCCGCGAAGAGAGCGCUAGGCGACGAGCCAUGAGAUCCAUGGAUUUCGAAAAGGUCGGAGAGCGACAACACUGGACGGAAUAUUGAACGAAGUCGAACCAGAUCUACAACAACAUGUUGGGAGCAUUUAGUCACAUGGCUUCCACGUUUUUCUCUUUCGCUACAUAUUUCCUUCCACACCUGUAUCAUUUUUUCCUCUUCUUAUAUCCCUUUCUCUUUGUUCUUCCUUCAAGAUUCGUAUACCUUUUUAGAUUUCUUCCAGGCUGUAAAACGCCUUAUCUCUAUCGGUUUCUCUUUACUUUCAUUUGCAUAGCGUCGGCGUUCGAAUACACGCCCACAAGGAAUGGG